ACUGGGGGGACUGCGCGACUGGCUGAGGUUCACUGCAACACAAUCAACUGUUUAUUUCAUUCCGUAGUAACUAUAUCGGCUUGUGGAUUUAGUCACUGAGAGCGCGUCCAUAGGUCAAUUUGAUCGAAUAUUUUUGGACAAUCUUUUUUGCUGCCAGACGACAACAAUAAUUUGCCACCCAUAACAUGGUGUUGUUACCUUUGCAAUGAGAACGAACAUUGUGCCGCUGCUCUUGAUUGUUUGUGAUAAAGUAAGGGAAUGCUCUCUCUUUACUGCGCUGAUAAGACAGAAACGAAAGUCUCAAUUGCCGCCUUAUAGCAAUACUUGCAGUAUUUAUUAAACGUUCCUGGAUUUCGGUCGGAAGGGUUGUAGAAGGCAAUCAUGAACAUUUUGUUGCGUUUAAUCGUGUUCAGUUGUGAUCCUUUUGGAUUAUGGCGUCGUUUUCUUAUAUAUCCAGCAAGGAAUAUGAGCCAUAACAUAUACGAUCGUCUCAAAACUAAAGCAGAUCAAAAGGUUGAUUCUAUGCGUGAGCUGGUCUUGCGUAUUGGAUUGGUGGCAUUUGUUGUGGCGCUGAUAAUUUGGACGGCAGUGUUUAUGUAUGCCUCGUUUUAUUAUGCAUACAUGCCGGCAAUUUCACACACCCGUCCCGUGCACAUGCAAUUUAAAACCUGUCUAGACACCAGUUCGCCCUGCACAUUUCCCCAUGCCCAUGUCUCGUUGACCAAGAAACAACAGCUGCUUAUGGUGGGUCAAUCGUACCGGGUAAUUGUACAAAUCGAAAUGCCUGAAUCACCACAGAAUUUGGAUUUGGGCAUGUUUAUGGUUUGUGGAGAGAUGCGUGACAUAGAAUCAAUGUUACGAGGCCACUCUUGCCGUUCGGCAAUGAUGCGCUAUCGAUCACCAUUGAUACGCAUGAUUUCAACAUGGGCCCUAAGUCCUUUGUAUGUUUUGGGUUUUAGAGAGGAAUUCCAACGAGUAUCGGUAGAGAUAUUUUCAAAUUAUUUGGAACAAAAACAUCAUCCCAUUACGGAUGUCUAUGUGGAGCUGCAAUCGCAAAAGAUACAAUUCUACACGGUGUCUUUGCAUAUUGUGGCCGAUUUUACGGGUCUACGUUAUAUUAUGCACAAUUGGCCAGUCAUGUCUGCCAUAGUGGCCAUAAGCACAAAUUUGUUCUUCAUCCUGGUGAUAUUCUUGCUAAGCUGGUAUCAUUGGUCCAAUGCAACAUGGAUUGUAAAUUUACAAAAGAAAUACGAAUUGUUUACACAAAAAGUUCAAGACAAAGCUGGGCGAGCUUUAGAGUCGCCGAAAUAUUCCUCUGAAAGUCUGCAAGAUGACGAUGAACUGGCUUUCCUAAAUGAUGACAAAGAUAUCGAUGAUAUCAGUGCACAACAAAAAAUGAGUGCACAACAGGGAACACUGCGUCAAAGGAAACUGUAAUACGAUACCGGGCCCUAUAAUUUCCAUGGAGGAAAUUACAUUUGCUUUAAGACUCCAGGGUAUUUUCAUUAUGAAAAUAAAUGCCAUGGAAUUCACAGGCACAAAAUCUAUUAAAGAUUAAUUCUUUACGUUUUUUGAAACUACAAAGACAAUAAUGAAUUAAGAAGACUAUUAUAAAUAUUAAAUAUUUUUGUAAAAUACACUAGAAAAUAAGUUUUGUAAAAACUAUUUAUUAGCAAGCAAAUAAAUGCAUUUUUUAAAGGAAA